CGCUCCGAAGUAAUGCACACAGUUGAUCAGGAUACAGACGCAAGAAAUCUAGAGCUCGAACUUCAUGACGGAACACAGAUAUUCGGGGCAUUAUUACAUCAUUAUGGACCUGCUUUAUUCUCGGAAUACGAGUGCUGUCGGUCAUUUGGACAACAUUAGAGUUUCAGCUAGAAAUCGUUACUGGAGCGCGAGACAGGCAACUGGUUGAACGGUCAGAGAGUAAUUGUGACCGCAAUGGGAUCAUUUUCAACCCUUCUGCAUUAUCUAUUCCCUUGUUGGAGGCCAAAACAACCGUCCUUGGUGAAGCUUGAUAUUUUUCCCGCCAUGACAAAGACAGUUGAAAUCCGACCCUUCGGCUCAUACAGGGAAAAGUCAGUGCAUGUUGUGUUACAGAACAUUUGCUUUUUCCUUUGUGAGGUCUUCAGGAAAGUCAUACAUCACUGUAUGACUGUUACAGAGUUACUUAGCACAAACAUGUUUUUCUUGUUUACCAGAGAAACAGUGGUCAUGACCAGGGACAGUGAAAUCAAAAUGACCACAAUGACUGUUAAGGCAACGAUCCAUUCGGAUCAGCUGGCAGUGGCGGACGCCCUGCUCUCAGACUGGCUUGAGUGUCAGUCUGAAAAGCAGGAUGAUCAUAGGAACUGUGAAACAGAAUGGAGUGAGGAAGAAGACUUGUCAGAUGAUGGCGUCUCAGAGAUGUCUCUAGAGAACAAAGAGUUGUGGGAGUCCUUCCUGAACAACAGUGAUCCCUAUAAUCCACUCUGCAUCUCCUGCCCUACUGGAGUAAAGGUUUCAGACAGUGAUCAUAAUGAUGUGGAGGAGGAAGAGGAGGAAGAACCUGCUCUCAGUCAUCAGGAGAGAGAUCAUACAGAAUGGAGUGAGGAAGAGGAUUCUGGUUGGUCAGAUGAAGAAGAUUCAGAGAUGUCCCCAGAGAACAAAGCGUUGUGGGAGUCCUUCUUGAACAACAGUGAUUCCUAUAAUCCACUUUCCCUCUCCUGCCCUUCUGGGGACAAAAUAAAGGCAUCAGAGGUUCAACAAAACCACACACUUUCAAGCCCCACAGCCAGAGAGGUUGUGGAUCACACUCCUGAACAGAGCACAAAGGGAAGCGCUAAGAAGGUGCGUUUCAGUGAGGAGGUGACCGUACACACCCUCGACGCAUGGGGCUUGGCAAGCCAGGCAGCACGAGAUGGGUCGUGCUGGAUGGAGAUGGCGAGAGAUCGAGACCGUUUCAAAAGGAGAGUGGAGAAAGCUGGAGAGAUCAUCAGCCCGUGUCUCACAGCUCAGCACAGAGCCAGAGUUUUGGACAGACUACUGAGCCACUCUGAGUUGUACGAGUCCUCCAUGAACAACAGAGAUCUUUACAAUCCACUCCCCAUCCCCUGCCCUACUGAAGACCAAGUGUGUGCUUCAGACAAUGAUCAUAAUGAGGAGAAGAAACCUCUUCCUCUUAGUCAUCAAGAUGAAGAUAAUACAGAAUGGAGUGAGGAAGAGGAUUCUGAUUGGUCAGAUGAAGAUUCGGAGAUGUCCGUAGAGAACAGAGAGUUGUGGGAGUCCUUCCUGUACAACAGUGAUCCCUUUCAUCCACUCUGCUUCUCCUGCCCUACUGGAGUAAAGGUUUCAGACAGUGAUGAUGAUGAGGAGGAGGAGGAGGAACAUGCUCUCAGUCAUCAGGAGAAAGAUAAUUCAGAAUGGAAUGAGGAAGAGGAUUCUGAUUGGUCAGAUGAAGAAGAUUCAGAGAUGUCCCCAGAGAACAAAGCGUUGUGGGAGUCCUUCCUGAACAACAGUGAUCCCUAUAAUCCACUCUCCCUCUCCUGCUCUAUUGGAAUCAAAAUAAAGCCACUAGAGAUUCAACCAAACCACACACCUUCAAACCCCACAGCCAGAGAGGUUGAGGAUCACACUCCUGAACAGAGCACAAAGGGAAACGCUAAGAAGGUGCGUUUUAGUGAGGAGACCGCACACACCCUCGAGGCAUGGGGCUGUGCAAGCCAGGCAGCACGGGAUGGGUUGUGAUGGAUGGAGAUGGCGAGAGAUCGAGACUGUUUCAAAAGUAGAGUGGAGAAAGCUGGAGAGAUCAUCAGCCUGUGUCUCACAGCUCAGCACAGAGCCUGAGUUUUGGACAGACUACUGAGCCACUCUGAUAGCAUUUAAGAAGUUCACUGACGGCAAUCCAUUUACUUAUUUAUUUAUUUAAAUUUAUGGCAGCUAUUUUAAAGACUUUUGUUUUAUAUGUAUUUACCUCAACAAACUAAAGUUACAGCACUGUGAAUCACUUUUCUUUUGGUGAAUAAACCCAUGACCUUUACAUUUG